AUGUGCAACGCAUGUCACAGGCUCUCCUCCAUUUUUCUGCUCUACUUCUUUCGAAAAGUUCUGAAAGGUUCUCGAUCGUGCUUGGAACUGCUCAUCUCCAUCACCGUGGCUCCUCCGUUCCGAGGCGUAACUCGGUCUCGCAAUACCUUUAAUCUGCUGCGUUACCUCUUCCCGAACACUCAUCGACGGGCACGCGAGGGAUAUCUCGGCUUCCGACACGAAUAUAUUCCUCGACUUAAGCUACAGGCUCAAUCCCAUAUCUACCAAGCCAUUGUUCGCAGCCAGCGAAGGAAACAAGAGAAAAGAGCAGCAGGAAGGGGCCUUGUUCCAUUUAUACGGCGGAGGAAGAGCCACAUCCUCCGGGCACUGUAUGGAAAACACCAUGCUGGUGCUCGAGUCUCACAAGGUACGAGAUCAACCGAUCAGAUGACAAGUUAUGGUCAAUCCGGCGCAAAGGUGCCAGGGUCGAGGCGGGAUCGGGUGCGUGGCUAUCUUCGGGCGGCGAACGAGUUGAGACAAGUAUACCAAGAGUCAAUAUCACAAAGGUUACAAGGAAGCGAGACUGACGGAGGCAUGCCGGGGGAUUACCCUGAUGUGGACAUCGUCAGAAGCGGAGAUGAAGAGCUGCUCUUGUUUCCGAGUUAUGCCAGAAAACAUACAAAACGAAAGGGUGACCCGAGCGAGGCGGGCAGAUCGCCACCUGGGACGAACGAGUCGAUAGAGGCACCGCACAGCAGCGGCGAUGCUGAGUAUUGGAAAAGAGAAUGGGAAAGAUACGAAGACGCCAAUGCAAUUGUGGAUGUCGACGUGCGAGGAUGGAUUUAUUCUCCACAAUCAGGGCCAUUGAGCAGGAAAAAUCGCCUUCUUCUGGCUGUGGCGCGAAGGUUGAGCGGUGUCUAUGCUCCGCUGCCUGGUCCUUCCGCUUCCCAAACAUCCCAUCAGACCCCUAUCGACCAAGACCGGCGCGAAGACAGUCCAUCAAGAUACGAAGAUGAGCUCGCGGCCAGGGAGGCCGAAAAUAUCGCCCGUCGUGGUGAGCUGGAGGCUGCGGCUGCACAGCGCGGAAGCUACAGUCAAGCAAACGGAGAUGAGAGACAAUUUGGUAGUGACAGCCCUGCGGGUAGCAGGUCGGGCUCACCAGGGCGGAGGAGUACCUUCGCAUCUGGUGAAAGUGAAGAUUGUGAUCCUGGCCACGAUUCCUUAAAGAAACGCCAGUCAUGGAACGAGCCUGCGAGUAUGAGCCGAGAGCAAUUGGCCGCUGCCAACCAGCUACUGUUGACCAGGUUGAAACCGUUCAUGACCACGCCUGUGGCUCACACUCCGAUCACGGUGUUCUUGUUCAACGAUCAGAAGUCAGCAUCCAAGUCCGUGACCACAGAUGAUUCAGGGCAUUUUAAUCUGCGAGCAGCUUUGGAUUUCGUCCCUACGCAAGUCAGGGUUCUGGCUUCGGACAAGUUGUCUGCGACCGAGGACGUCAUCAUCACGGAGAGUAAAGGCAUCAGCCUGAUCAGCGAUAUUGAUGAUACCAUCAAGCAUUCAGCCAUUGCUAGUGGAGCGAGGGAGAUCUUCAAGAACACAUUCAUUCGCGAAUUAAGCGAUCUGACUAUUAAGGGAGUCAAGGAGUGGUAUUCCAAACUUGCCAACAUGGGUGUCAAGCUGCAUUAUGUGUCCAAUUCGCCGUGGCAGCUGUAUCCCCUGUUACGAAGCUAUUUUGCGCUCGCUGGAUUGCCAGCUGGCUCAAUUCAUCUGAAGCAGUAUUCUGGCAUGUUGCAAGGGAUUUUUGAACCGGCAGCCGAGAGAAAACGAGGGACCAUCAAUCGGCUAAUGACCGACUUUCCCGACCGAAAGUUCAUCCUCGUGGGAGACAGUGGAGAAGCAGAUCUCGAGGUCUACACAGAUGUCGUUCUUGAGUAUCCUCGGCGGAUCCUGGGUGUCUUUAUCCGAGACGUUACGACACCUCCAAAGAAGGGGUUCUUCGACCAGUCUGUUCCGAACACACUCCCAGAUUCUAUGAUCUCGUCUGAGAAUGGGAAUCGUCUGGGUCGGCCUACUCAAAGCAGCAAUAUUCCGGAGAACAGACCGCUACAGCCGCCGAGACCGAAGCCGCAGCAUAAAGCACAUUCCAUGCCACCUCGGGAGGAAGAUCUCAUCGACUUUGGCAACGAUGCUGACAGUCCGGCUAGCCAGGACAAGCCUUCGCACACUGAUGAUCUGCGGCAACUAAGCAAGAGGCCUGCCGCUCCUGCUAAGCCAAACAAGCCAUCCAGUUUACGGAAUUUUUCGACACAAUCGAUGCCUCCGACAGACCACGAUAGAUUAACCGCUUCAGAUACCGAGAUCCAAGAGCCGAGCAAGAGAAAGCCUCCUCCGCCCCCUAGACCUCGUCGCAGCGGAGGUGUUGCCGGAUCAGAAGGUUCCAAUCUUGCGCCAUUGCCACGAGCGCCUUUCUCGUCCCCUCGUCAAAACCAGAGCCAACCACAACCCACGGCAUCGUCUACUGAGGCAGCUCCCAAGCCGCCCAUUCGACGGACGAACACUUCCACCAGCACAGCAUCAAGCCAAUACUCGCACUACGAGGAAGGAUAUAUUGCCUCCGCCAGGCGACAGAUUUCAUCGGCUUAUAAUGCCCUACCUGCUAUGCGCUCAUCUUCACCCUCGCGACCCGCCGACCAGACAGGCAUCAGCAGCGACAACAGGCCGAACCCACCAUUGCCUCCUCGAAGGGGCUUGUCGGGAUAUUCUGCUGCUGCUGCUCGCUGGGCAACAGGUGCCACAGGCGGUGACCCUGCUGCUGGCGGGGAUGGAGGUGUGGUGGGCGGGACGUACGACAAGAAGCUGGAGAUCUGGAAGCGGAGAUGGGCAAGGGCUGAAGAGAUUAUGAACCAGCGUGGUAUAGUCCUUCGCUCGUGGCGGGUGGGAAGUGAUGUUAUGGAUGAAUGCGUGAGGUUGGUCAAGAGGGAGAUGGAGAGGGAUGAACGAAGUAUGGAGUGACGACCGUGAUGAUUCUCAAAACCGAAUACUACUUGUCUUCCAGCGUGUCACGAUUGAAUCAAACCAAGUACUGUACGAGUAUCGUCUGUCCAAAUCUCGGCUUCCCGAGAUAACAGGCACGUGUGGGAUUUCCACUAUUGGGGUUAGCCAGGAACAGGAAGCACUUCAAGCCUUGGAUAAGCAGUUGAUCGUCUUCUGGUUGUUCCUGAUGCUCCUUGUAGCACGAUCAUCUACGAUCAUCUUACAAUGUAACUCCCCC